AUGAACACGCUAUUCACCCUGUUGGUGAUCGUGUUGCUUCUGCUGAUCCCAUUCUACAUAAUCUACAGGCCGCCGCGAUCGCUGAUUCGCUAUUUCUCGAGGCGGUGGCCCGAUGUAUUAUGGGAAAUCGAAACGAAGACGAAGGUGGUCGCGCUGACCAUCGACGACGCCCCGUCCGAACACACGGAACAAAUCCUCGGGAUCCUGAAGGCGUAUGACGCCACGGCGACCUUCUUUACGAUCGGCGGCCAGGUCUCCGGACGAGAGGAGAUUCUGGCCGACGUAGUACGCAGCGGCAACGAGCUUGGCAACCAUGCGAUGCACGACGAGCCCAGCAGGGCGCUGAGCGACGAGGAGCUGACGGCCCAGAUUGAAACGGUACGCGACAAGAUCCGGGCUGCUUACAACACGGCGGAGAAAGACCUUCCACCACAGUAUUUCAGACCUGGAUCGGGCUUCUUCAGCGACCGUAUGAGGAAGCUGGUCAAUAAACUGGGAUACAGGAUUGUGCUUGGCAGUAUAUACCCACACGAUCCACAGAUCCAGUAUUCGUGGAUUAAUGCGAAGCACAUAUUGAGUAUGAUGCAUCCGGGAGGAAUUAUCAUAUGUCACGACAGAAGACCUUGGACAGCACCGAUGUUGAGAAAGGUACUAAAGGAAGCGAAAAGUCAAGGUUACAAAGUGGUCAGCGUUUCGGAGUUGCUUAAAAUCACCAGCCGCGGCUGA